UCCGGGACACCAAACUCCCACGUUAAAACGGCGCGUCGUCUCGUCGUCCCGCGCGCUCCCCAUGUGACCCCGCUCCACUCCCCAUGUGACCCCGCUCUGAAUGCCACUCGCAUCACCACCACCUCACCUCUGCCACUGUCACUGCGCUCACCUCUACCUCUCCUCUCUCCGUGAUCUCUCGCCGCCACCUGCUGCAUGCCGGCGCGUUCGAGGAUGAUCUCUCGCGGCACCGCCGCCGCCGCCGGGUGGUGGGCGGUGGCUGUGGUGGUGCUCGGGGCGGCGGUGGCACAGCAGGAGGGGAACGUGGCGGAGCAGUACGCGGCGUCGUUCGCGGCGCGGUACGACGCGCCGCCGUCGUGGGCGUUCCCGAACCCGCGCCUCCGCGCCGCGUACGCCGCGCUGCAGGCGUGGAAGCAGACGGCCAUCUUCUCCGACCCGGCGAACUUUACGGCGAACUGGGUCGGGCCGAACGUGUGCGGGUACACCGGCGUGUUCUGCGCGCCGGCGCCCGGGUACGGCGGAGGGCUCGUCGUCGCCGGCAUUGACCUCAACCACGCCGACAUCGCCGGGUACCUGCCGGCGUCGCUCCCGCUGGGGCUCCCCGACCUGGCGCUCAUCCACCUCAACUCCAACCGCUUCUGCGGCGUCGUGCCGGACACGUUCCGCCACCUCCGGCUGCUCCACGAGCUCGACCUCAGCAACAACCGCUUCGUCGGCGCCUUCCCGGAGGUGGUGCUCGCGCUCCCGUCGCUCCGGUACCUCGACCUCAGGUUCAACGACUUCGAGGGCUCCAUCCCGCCGGCGCUGUUCGACCGCCCGCUCGACGCCAUCUUCCUCAACUCCAACCGCCUCCGCAACCCCAUCCCGGCCAACCUCGGCAACUCGCCGGCGUCGGUCGUCGUGCUCGCGCACAACAAGCUCGGCGGCUGCAUCCCGCCGUCCAUUGGGAAGAUGGCGGAGACGCUCAACGAGAUCGUGCUCAUCGACGACGAGCUGACCGGCUGCGUCCCGCUUCAGGUCGGGCUGCUCAAGAAGGUGACGGUGUUCGACGUCAGCGACAACCACCUGCAAGGCCCGCUCCCGCCGAGCAUCGCCGGGAUGGCGGCCGUCGAGCAGCUCGACGUCGCCAGGAACCUCUUCGAGGGGGCCGUGCCGGCCGGCGUCUGCGGCCUGGCCAGCCUCAAGAACUUCACCUACACGGACAACUUCAUCACCUCGCGCCCCGCCUGCGCCGUGGCCACCGCCGACGGCGCGUGGAACUGCAUUGCCGGCGCGCCGGGCCAGCGGCCACCGUCGCAGUGCGCCGCCGCUGCGGCCCACCCGUUCGACUGCAGCAAGGCGCAAUGCCAGGCCGCGUCCUACACACCGACGCCCGGUGGCGGCCCCGGUCGGCGUGGUGGUGGUCAAGCGCCGCCGACGCCGGCGAGCUUGCCUCCAAGACGCAGAGGUCCAAAUCCACAGCCGCCGUCGUCGAGCACUCCUACCCCGUCGUACCCUUCGCCGUCGCAGGGCCCCACCACGCCGUCGUACCCGGCGCCACCCAAGGGCUCGAACACUCCGGGAUCCUACCCGUCACCACCGUCGAGCGCCACCACUCCGUCGUCCCACUCGCCGCCGGGGGGCUCGACCACACCAUCCUACCCGUCCCCGCCCAAUGGCCACCCUCGCACGCCGUCGUACCCCUCACCGCCGGGAUCCACCACUCCGUCCUACCCGUCGCCGCCGUCGAGUUCCACAACCCCGUCUUACCACACGCCGCCUCAGGGCCACCACACCCCGUCGUACCCAUCGCCGCCGUCAAGCUCCACCACUCCACCACACCACUCACCGCCGCAGAGCACGCCUACCCCGUCCUACCCGUCGCCGCCGGCGGGCUCCACGCCGCCAGUAGCAUACACGCCUCCUCCGCCAACCUCGGCAGACAGACCAGACGUGCGGUUCGCGCCGCCGCCGGGCUCGUACGGCCCCAACCCCUCAACCCCUCCGUCGCAUUCCUCCGGCCACCAGCCGCCGUCGGGCCAGCCCGGCGCGUCGCCGCCGUCAGAGCACCCAGGCUACGUGUCGCCGCCGCACGCGCCAGUUGCGGGAAGCCCCACCACGCCGCCGUCCCACCCACACCCCUCCACCCCACCAUCGCCGUCAGGGCCGAGCUUCCACCCACCGACGACAACACCGCCGCACAACUGCUCGCCGCCGUCUCACGGUGGCAGCACCCCGGGAGGAGAUGGCCACCCGCCGUCGACGCCGCCCGGCGGGAAGCUCCCCUUCCCCCCGGUCUACGGCGUGUCGUACGCGUCGCCGCCGCCGCCGGUGCAGCCGUACAACUAGCCCCGCCCAUGGCCGCCGGAUCGAGCUGCGCGCCGGCGUCCACCACCGCCAGUAUAAUACCUCGAUCUCCAUGAAGUAGCUUUUUUUUUCCUCUUCUUAAUUACUAUUUUUUUUCACUUCCUUCUUCCUCGCGAGUAUUGGAUCAAGAAAAUUGGAUUAAAGAGCUCCCCUAUGUAUUCUUUCUUCCUUCCUUCACUCUCAAAUCUCAAUGAAUCACCGGAUUUGUUAAUUAAUUAAAUUUCGAUGUGUAAUUUCGAUCUUAAUUACAUGACAUGACAUGACAUCCAAAGAUCUACUACUACUACAACCAAUCUGUCCUACCUAUGUUUAGACGAAAUGCAAGAUGCAGUAAAAGGGUGAGGUGAUUGUCAAAUCAGAUCGAAACGGAUUUUGUCUCGAGCUAGAAGAAGAAGAGGAGAGAUGGAGAUUGCAGUGAGAGGAUGAGAUGGGGUUGAUGA